UCAAGGAGCAGCAGAGGCUGUUUCAUUAUUUCAGACAAUUGAUUCUCGAUGUGAAAGUGCUGGAGCUGCCGAGUCCGAACACCUGUCAGAACUGCAUGAGUAAUUCAUGGCUGGAUCUGGGAAGCUCUGUUGGCUUCUGUUGGAUUUCAAGUGACACAUAUUUUUGACUGUAGCUGAGAAAGCAAAGAUAGCUGUAUCCCUUUUUUUUCUCCUUUUCAGAAACACAACGCAACAUUUAAACCGUCACCCAUUCCUCUUGGAGUUAUCCUUACCCAAACAUGUCCACCCAGUUACUGGCGGCUUUCUUGCUGCUGUCUGUUUUCCACGCCUGUUCCCAGAAAGUUCACGAUGAGGACGAGUACGAUGACGUGACAGUGAACCAAAUGCUGGCCCCCAGAGCUCACGAGGCAGACGCCACACAAAUACUGAACAAUUUGCUGAAGGAGUACGAUAAGAAACUUCGUCCAGACAUUGGAAUAAAACCAACAGUCAUAGAUGUGGACAUUUAUGUUAACAGCAUCGGACCAGUGUCAUCAAUAAAUAUGGAAUACCAAAUAGACAUCUUUUUUGCUCAAACGUGGAUUGAUAGCCGCCUUAGAUUCAACAGCACAAUGAAAAUAUUGACACUGAACAGCAAUAUGGUCGGACUCAUUUGGAUACCAGACACCAUCUUCAGAAAUUCAAAAACAGCAGAGGCCCAUUGGAUUACAACACCCAAUCAGCUCCUCAGAAUAUGGAACGAUGGCAAAAUCUUAUAUACAUUGAGGCUUACCAUCAACGCAGAAUGCCAGCUGCAGCUGCAUAACUUUCCAAUGGAUGAACACUCUUGCCCACUAAUAUUCUCCAGCUAUGGGUACCCUAGAGACGAAAUAGUUUAUAAGUGGAGAAAAAACUCAGUGGAAGCAUCGGACCAAAAAUCCUGGCGACUUUACCAGUUCGACUUUAUGGGUUUAAGAAACACCACUGACAUAGUGACAACAACUGCAGGUGAAUAUGUGAUAAUGAGCGUGUACUUUGAAUUAAGUAGAAGGAUGGGAUACUUCACCAUUCAGACCUACAUUCCCUGCAUACUGACUGUGGUCUUGUCGUGGGUCUCCUUCUGGAUUAAGAAAGAUGCCACGCCUGCCAGAACAGCACUUGGCAUAACCACAGUGUUGACCAUGACCACGCUGAGUACAGUAGCAAGGAACUCGCUGCCCCGAGUCUCCUACGUCACAGCGAUGGAUCUGUUUGUGACAGUGUGCUUCUUGUUUGUGUUUGCGGCGCUGAUAGAAUACGCAGCUCUCAAUUACUACAGCAGUGUAGGGAAGCCCAGAGGUACAAAGAAGAAAAAGCAGAACUACUCGGUGCUUGACCUGGGACCUCCUUCCACAGUCAUCACAUUGAACAAUUCCAUGUACUGGCAGGAGCUGGAGGAAUCCUGCAUGUACGAAUGCCUGGACGGUAAAGACUGUCAGAGUUUCUUCUGCUGCUACGAGGAAUGUAAAUCAGGCGGCUGGCGGAAAGGCCGAAUCCACAUAGACAUCUUAGAAUUAGACGCGUACUCCAGAGUCUUCUUCCCCACGUCAUUCCUGCUGUUCAAUAUCGUCUACUGGGUGGGCUACCUCUAUCUUUAACUGUAUCUCUUGUACUGAAGAACACUGCCGUGGUACACACUGGUCAUGGGGAUAGUAUGAAAACCCCUUCAAGGUAAAACUCACUGGGUUUGCUCCAGCCUUAUGGUAGACCCUGUUCUUUGUAAUCUUUUUGAAACUGCUCUAAAUUAUUGCAAUUCCUUUGAACCCAAACAGAAGAGAGAGCCUGCAGCUCUUACCUGGCCAGGGUUUUCACAGGUAGCUGCUUUCACAAGUAACCCGGUCUUUUAGUUCAGGUACCAAAAAAAGAAAACACAUAGAUAGGCUCUGUUCAAAUACUCUGUGCUUUCCUGAUUCAUGCAGUGUAUUACCAGGGGUUUAGAAGAUGGAUUCACUGGGUUGAAUAAACAUAAGCAUAUCCUCUUCAGGUAACAGUCUAAGAAGGAUAUAAGUUGUAUGAGUGGCUUUCAGCAACAUUGAGUGCCUGCUUUGGGAGGAGCAACUGUGAUCUGGGGUGCACAAUAUCAUAAACAAGGGGUACCUGUCGUUUUUGACUGGUUGCUAAUACUUAUUCAUUACUUUCUCUGAGGAACUCCCAUGAUAAUUGCACAACAUAAAACAUGUAGAUUAAGUCAUCUAAGCUGCGUGCAAUGUAAACAAAGAAUGUCAUGAUGUUAUAAUAG